CCCAAAAUCAACGCCCACUGCGUCUCUUAACUUCCCAAAACUAUCACCAAAAAAUAUAAUCGUGCGAAAAAAUAAGAACUAAAAGCCCUAACUCUGUCGGGGCGCUCUCUUUCAUACUGGCGAUGGAGAAAAUGCAAAAUCUCUAACAAAACCCCGCUAUCUUAUUCUGAGACUGCUUUGAGCUAGGGCUCGAGCUUAUGUGUGAUACAUGCCUCUCUUACUCAUGUAGUGGAGUGGGGCGGAUAUUUUCGAUAAUGAUGGCUAUGAAGAUUGGGGCCUUUUGCCGCUUUAAAUUGUUUCCAUUACCGGAUUUGCAGUAGAUUUUUGUGAGUGUGGUAGUCUGAAUUGGAUUUUCAGAGUGUCAAAGUUGGUGAGGUCUCAUUAAAUUCGAUUCCUUUAAUUAGAAUAGCAAUAACCAGGAGCAAAUUUUAUCAAGUCAUGGAAGGAAACAGAAGAACCUUUCUUAAUAAACAUUCUAAUCCACAGUUCAAGAAGACAGCAGGUCUCAGGAAAGGAAAGCAAUAUAAUUCUAUUCGUGAAGAAUUUUCUGAGAACUUUCAUUCAUCAGAUACUGUUUACCGAAUUCUUUGCCAGUCUAAAAAGAUUGGUAGUGUAAUUGGAAAAGGUGGUAACAUAGUGAAAGCCCUCAGGGAAGAGACUGAAGCAAAGAUUACUGUUUCUGACUCUGUUAUUGGCUCAGAUGAGAGGGUAAUACUUAUUUGUAGUCCUUCUGACAAACAAGCAAAAAGACAGACUGCCUGUAAUGACCGACAAGUUGAGAGAGACGUGGUGGAGCCACAUUGUGCUGCCCAAGAUGCACUCCUAAAAGUUCAUGACAGGAUUAUCGAGGAAGAUCUUGGUGGACCAGAAAAAAACAAUAGGAGUGAAACUGUUGUAAGUGCUCGACUUUUGGUCUCAAACAAUUUGGUUGGAUGUCUUUUAGGAAGAAAAGGAGAUGUAAUCCAAAGAUUACGUAGUGAGACUGGUGCAAACAUACGUGUUCUUCCUGCAGAUCACCUUCCUGCUUGUGCUACGAGCAACGAUGAACUGGUCCAAAUAUCAGGUAAACCUGCUGUUGUGAAGAAAGCUUUGUAUGAAAUAUCAACUCUCUUGCAUCAGAAUCCAUGGAAGGACAAACCUUCUUUAAGUUAUCCUACAAACUAUGCUGGUCAAGAAUUUCAUCCUUCUGGUCCUCCCAUGAGGCCUAUGCUUCCUCCAGAAAAUCCUCAUUGGUUAGAACAUACUAUGGAUGCCCACCGUAUGCAUCCUAUGCCUUUCAAGGGAGGAUAUGGACUUCUACCUGAAGAUCUUGAUGGUGUUGCGCCACAUGAUCGUGAAGCCCCAUGCGAGUUCACUAUCAAAAUACUCUGCUCUGCUGAAAGGAUUGGUAGUGUGAUUGGCAAGGGAGGCUCGAAUGUCAAGCAGUUAGAGCAGGAAACAGGAGCUAGCAUCCAUGUUGAGAAUGCAUCUAAAGAAUCAGAUGAAAGAGUAAUUCGUGUCUCUUCAAUUGAGGCACUUUGGGAUCAAAGAUCACAUACUAUCGAUGCGAUUCUUCAUCUUCAAAAUAAAACUAGUGAAUAUUCUGACGAUGGAACCAUUACGACUAGACUUCUUGUCCCUUCAAGUAAGGUUGGCUGCAUUCUUGGACAAGGCGGCCAUGUUAUUAGUGAUAUGAGGAGGAGAACACAUGCAGAUAUACGUGUUUUUUCCAAGAAAGAAAAGCCAAAAUGUGCAUCAGAAGAUGAAGAGCUAGUGCAGAUCUCUGGAAGUUUUGGGAUAGCUAAAGAUGCCUUGGUAGAGAUUGCAUCAAGACUUAGAACAAGAUGUCUUCGUGACGUAAAUGCUAGAGGGGAAACUGCUUCAGUUAGGCCACUACCAGGAUUUGGCCCACCAGAUAAUUUUCGUGGUGCCGGCCUCCCUCUAUCGAGCACUACCAUAGCUGGGAGCUCAGGAAGAUAUGAACAUAUACAGGACAGUGUUCGUGAGUUUGAUUCUCCAAGAUUUCCGCUGCCUACACGAGCUACUGGUUACAUGGAUUUCAAUGAGGCUAGGAUUAGUUCUCUAUCCGGAUCAGCAGGGAGCCGCAUCUCCGAGUUUGCUGCCACAAGGGGGAGGCACCAGGAUCCAUAUUCAACUGGUCCUGAUUUUGGCGCUUCCGAGAACUACAGUUCCUCGCGGUAUAUUUACCAGAGACCUUCCUCUUCGGCUGGACCUAAUAACUAUCCUCCACCGGGUGGUUACCGGGGUUAUGAAUCAGAGCAUGGUAUGUAUCCAAAUCAUAAUGUAUCUCCAUCACCCUACCGGAGCUCUGAUCGCUGGACAGCUGCCCACCAUAAUAGCUAUACACAACAAGAUCCAUAUCAAAGCAUAAGAGGACAUGGUUCUUACUACUAGUGCCAAUUCGGCUAUUUUGUACCAUAACUUUACAACACAAUCAUAGAAUUUUGAAGUUUAGUGGUUAUUGACAUAUAUGCCUAUCGCUGACGGUUGCAUGGAAAAUAAUCUGUAGUCCUAGUUUUUUCCUAUGCUUUGUGCCUGAUGGUGGGUUUUAUCAACCACUAAUGUGUUAUUGAAGUCUCUUGCAGGUUGGGUUAGUGUUGAAAUAUUAUUAGCUGUCUUUAUCUUC